UGAGUUAGUGUGAGCAUCGAGCGUCAAGCUCUGGGUAUAAAGUGGCGAGGACGAGACACCACCUCGAUAGAAUUUUGUAGCCAUUCGACAACUCAAGAUCAAAAGAGUCUCUUCGGGCCUGAUAACCACACCGACACUCGUACAAUACCAAUUUGAUCAAUUCCCUCUCCAACAUUGACAACAUGGACGAGUCCCUUGUUCAAGAAGCCCUUGGCCAGAUGUGCUGGUUGGAAGUGCCUGUCCUUGAUGUCUCUCGCGCCAAGAAGUUCUACACGGAGCUCUUCGGAUGGGAAUUUUCCGACGAGCCCCGCCAAGCCGUUGGCGACUGUGUCAAGGGCAUGCACUUCUUCUCCAAGGGCAAGACCCUCCACGGAGCUCUCUUGCAUGUGGACGGGAAGAACCAGGUCAUCAACCACAUCCCCGGCAACCCGGGGCCGUGUCCAGUUUUGCCGACCCUGUGCGUCGUCGACUGCGCCGAGACGCUUGAGAAGGCCGUCGAGCUUGGCGGGAAGACUGCCAUCCCCAAGACGGAGAUCGGAGGCGGGAUGGGCUUCUUUUCCAGGCUCAUCGACUCGGAGGGUAACAUGAUCGGGACGUGGUCUCAGAAAUAAGCGCGAAUCUAAGCUUUCCGUGCAGAGUAGCAUCCGGGCAAGUUGUGUUUGGGCUCGAGAGUGCGCGUGUGGAUGUAUGUGUGUGUGAUAGAUGCAAUGCAGUCCAGUCCUUCCUUACCUAGUGGGCGUCUUUCAAUGUCAAUCACGUCUUCCUUGGCCAUCGCAACCUG